AUUCCAAUCUUCAAUAAUAUUGUUGUUUGUGUAAGAGAAAGGCAGAGGUAGAUGGAGAUCGUAUGUGUAACGGGUGCAGGAGGUUAUGUUGCUUCAUGGGUAGUGAAGGAAGUGUUGGCUAAAGGUUACUUUGUUCAUGGAACUGUAAGAGAUCUCGAUGAUGAGAAGAAGAAUGGUCAUUUGAAAAAACUGAAGCAUGCAGAGGAGAAACUGCAUCUCUUUAAGGCAGACAUGCUAGACUAUGCGAGUCUUUGCACCGCCAUGGAUAGAUGCACAGGGGUUGUGCAUGUUGCCUCACCUGUUCCUGCCGGCAAAGUUGCCGAUCCUCAGGCAGAGAUGUUUGAACCUGUCAUAACAGGAACACGAAAUGUAAUGAAUGCAUGUUUGAACACGAAAGUGAAUAAGGUGGUGAUUGUUUCAUCUCUACUUGCUAUUGUAGCAAACCCGAGUUGGCCUAAGAAUCAAGUAAUGGAUGAAAAUUGUUGGACUGAUGUUGAAUUUUGCAUGAAGAAUGAGAAGUGGUAUUGUGCUGCCAAAACUAUAUCAGAACGUGAAGCUCUAGAAUUCGGAAAGAAGAACAACAUCAAGGUUGUGACCGUUUGUCCAUCACUAGUGUUUGGGCCAAUGCUUCAAUCGACAAUAUGUACCACUAAUCUUGUUCUUCUAAACCUCUUCAAAGGUGAGAACUCUUUCAAUCUCCUUGAGCUUAAUGCUCAAGAUGAUAUUGAUAUUCCUAUUGUGGACGUUCGUGAUUGUGCCAAUGCAUUACUCCUUGCCUACGAGAAGGCUGAAGCAGAUGGAAGAUAUCUAUGCUCUUCACAUACGUUGAAGAAGAAGGCGUUGACAGAACUUUUGAAUAGCUUGUUCCCUCAUUACAUCUAUCCCACUAAUUGUUAUCGAGCUUCAGAUGAAAAGUUGAAUUACACAUGUGAAAAGCUGGUGAACCUUGGAUGGAACCAUAUGUCGUUGGAGAAGACUUUGGUUGAUUCUGUUAGAACUUUCCAAAAAGCUGGUUUAUUAAGCUAAUUCUAGUUCUUUUUCGUUAAAAUAAAUGCAAAAGCUUGAAGCAUGUUAAAUUCAAUUUGCAAACACAUGAUCUUGAUUGUGUUUUAUGAUGUGGACUUACGUGUAGACCAAAUCCUAGAUUGG